AAAACGUUGCCAUCCGCAUACCACACAGUGACGAAAUCUCCUGGGCUCCAUGCACAUUCAUUUUGUGUCCGAUUAAAAUGUCCGGAUGACUGCAAAGCGCCGCAUGGUUUGACACCACAUCACAGGACGCGGCUCUUCAAGUGUCUUCAUAUUCAUGUGAUAAAAGCAGCCAUCAUGUCAGGAAACUCAGAUGGGAAAGAUAAGUGGGCGUCUGUCAAAGGUAGCCUUGGCUCCUCGCAGGACUCUGACACCCAGCAGGAGGCCAACCUGGAGAGUGCUGACCCGGAGCUGUGCAUCAGGCUGCUGCAGAUCCCCACUGUGGUCAACUACUCGGGGCUGAAGCGUCGCCUGGAGGGCAGCGACCAGAUCUGGAUGGUCCAGUUCCUGGAGCUGAGUGGGUUGGAUCUCCUCCUGGAGGCCCUGGACCGACUGUCGGGGCGGGGAUGCGCUCGCAUCGCCGACGCCCUUCUGCAGCUCACGUGUGUCAGCUGCGUCAGGGCUGUCAUGAACUCCUCUGCCGGGAUCCACUUCAUCAUCGACAACGAGGGAUACAUUCGCAAACUCUCCCAAGCUUUGGACACUUCCAACACCAUGGUGAAGAAGCAGGUGUUUGAGCUUCUCGCCGCCCUCAGCGUGUUCUCUGGAGACGGAUAUCGGCUGGCACUGGAUGCCCUGGAACACUACAAGGGAGUGAAGACGCAGCAGUAUCGCUUCAGUGUGAUCAUGAAUGAGCUGCAGGCCACAGACAACGUCCCUUACAUGGUUACACUCCUCAGUGUCAUCAACGCCCUCAUCUUCGGGAGAGAUGACCUCAGGCAGAGAGAUAAGAUGAGAAAGCAGUUCAUCGGGCUCCAGUUACUUGAUAUUCUGCCAAAGUUAAGGUGA